GUGAGUUCUCCAUACUACUAGCAAUACUAAUAGUCAGGUACAUGUCAUGGCUGCUGCAAGGACUCUGCGUAUAGGCCUCAUUCCCGGCGACGGCAUUGGCCGCGAGGUCAUUCCAGCUGGUCGCCGUCUACUCGAAGCUCUGCCAUCCUCACUCGGCCUCAAAUUCUCCUUUGUCGACUUGGAUGCCGGCUUCGACACCUUCAAGCGGACCGGCGUUGCGCUGCCCGACCAGACUGUCGAGACGCUGAAGAAGGAGUGCGAUGGCGCCCUGUUCGGUGCCGUGAGCUCUCCCACCACGCCCACCAAAGGCUACUCCUCUCCCAUCGUCGCUCUCCGCAAGCGACUCGACCUGUACGCCAACGUCCGCCCCGUCAAGUCCGUGACCCCCACCGCCGCCUUCCCCGACCCCAUCGAUCUCGUCAUCGUCCGCGAGAACACCGAAGAUCUGUAUGUCAAGGAAGAGAAGACGUAUGAUACCCCCAAUGGCAAGGUCGCCGAGGCCAUCAAACGCAUCUCCGAGCAUGCCUCAUCGAGGAUCGCUACCAUGGCGGGAGAGAUUGCCCUGCGUCGUCAAAUUCUACGCUCCAAGACGGCCUCGGGGGCUAACCAGAAGAGCAUGGUGACCAUUACGCACAAGUCCAACGUGCUAUCACAGACCGACGGACUGUUUCGCAGCACCGCGCGCAAAGCAUUGGAGCAGGACAAAUUCGUGUCGGGGAAUGUGGCCAUUGACGAGCAGAUUGUGGACUCCAUGGUCUACAAGCUCUUCCGCGAGCCUUCCACCUACGAUGUCAUUGUGGCACCCAACCUCUACGGCGACAUCCUCUCUGACGGCGCCGCCGCCCUUGUCGGGUCGCUAGGACUCGUGCCUUCCGCAAACGUGGGAGAUGGGUUUGCCAUUGGCGAGCCGUGCCACGGAUCUGCCCCAGAUAUUCAAGGCAAAGGCAUCGCAAACCCGAUUGCUACCCUCCGAAGUGUGGCGCUGAUGCUGGAGUUUUUGAACGAGGAAGAGGCCGCUGCGAAGAUCUACCAGGCCGUCGAUGGGAACCUUGCCGAUGGCAAACUACUCAGUCCGGAUAUGGGAGGAAGUGCGAAGACGGAAGAGGUGCUGAAUGACAUUUUGAGGCGGCUAUAGAUGUUGUUGAUGCAGUAUGAACAUCAGUUGUGUGCAACAGAACAAAAUCGAAAAAACAUUGGAUGCCCCUUGAGGCAAUGGAAACGCGCGGUGGAGAAAUGGUGAUUCGCGAUGAUCACUACCUACAUUCACAUUAUCGCAAGACUAUCGCAGCUCCCAAGAGCAUAAAAUGGACAAAUGCAAGUCACUCUCGCGAACUCAGUCGGGAAUCUAGCAACUACAGCAACAUCACACACAUAAGUCCUCGAGUGUUUGAGGCUGAGAGUGUUCUUCUCGUUCAAGAUUAUGAAAACCCAGGCAAGAGGGGGAGUUGGCGGCAUCAAGCGAAUCGCAGGUUCUGGCUUAGUCAGAUUCCAACGCCGCCUGCAUUGAGGAGCGUACGAUCUUG